UUUGAAAAUCGUCGACGUAUGUAGCGUAGACAGCAAAGAGUAUUGAGCUGUGGACUGCGGUUUCUUGUUCUUUCUUUCCUAUUCCUUUUCUCUCGCCUCACAUACCUUGUCCCUUCCAGAUAUCCGUUCGGAUCUUUCGAAUUGGCCCCAUUUCCUUGCUCCAAAACAGUCAGAAGGGGCGCAAUUCUUUUCCCCAUCCCCUUUCCCCCCAGUCCCUUCUUCUUGGCCCGGCGCAUUCUGGAAGCCAGCCCUCCUUCAGACGCCGUACACGGGGAAUCUUCGCCGACCCUUUCGAUUGUGUUGCUUCUCAGACCCUUGAAACAAUUUAAACAUGGCUGAAGCGACCAAGGAUGUGGCUGCUGUGGCUGAGAAUGCCGCUCCAGAAAAGUCAACCUCCGAAGCCAACGGCGCUGCCCCGGCACCCGUUGUGGACGACGGGGUGGAGCCAAACUCAGAAGAUGCCAUGUUCAUGCUGAACAUCAUCCUGCCCAAUGAGCCGGGCAAGGUCAACAUCAUGGUCUCUCCCCACGAGCAGGUCCACGAGGUUCGACAAUCGAUUAUCGAGCUGCCGGCAGCCCUGCAGUACUCGUGCUUCCACCUCGAGCACAAGGGCGAGAGGAUCAACGACUUCAUAGCCAUCAACGAGAUCAAUGGCAUCGGCCCCGACGCUGAGAUCCACCUGGUCGAGGACCCAUACACCGAGAAGGAGGCGAGGAUACAUCUCAUCAGGGUUCGCGAGCUCAUUGGUGCGUCUGGCGACCGCACUGAUACCAUACAAGGUGUCCUUGCCGGAGCCUCGCUCUACGAGAAGGUUGCCACCGAGGCUGGGGACACGGCCGACAAGGCGGACCAGGAGCGCGCCGCCGUCGAGGAAUACAACUUCGAUGUUGUUCCUCCCAUUUCGUCCCUGCUGCCAGCUGAGCAGGAGCCGGCUCCCAAGACCGUCAAGGCAAUCCAGCUCUCGCCCUGGAACCCACCGCCCGUGCACCUGCGCCAGAAGGGCCACCUGUUGUACUUGAUUGUCACAACCAACGAGGGUGAGCAGUUCCAGAUCACGGCGCACGUCGGAGGGUUCUUCGUCAACAAGUCCUCCAACGCCAAAUUCGACCCGUCGCCCCGCCUGGCGCCCAAGGGCGCCUCCGCGCACUCUCUUCUGAACCUCAUCAGCGAGAUUUCACCAUCCUUUGCCGCCUCAUUUGCCCAGCUGCAGGAGUACAACAACCGCCGGGAGCCUCUGGCAACCUUCCAGAUCACAAACGCCAUCCCUUCCGCGCCCUGGGUGGUACCGUCGUCCUCAUCGCCGCUCUGCGCCCACCAGCCCGACAUCACGAGGACCCAGGAGUCGUACCUGAUUGCUGGCGUGGAGAACACCGACACCUUGCGAGACUGGAACGAGGAGUUCCAGUCUGCCAAGGAGUUGCCCAAGGAGAAUGUCCAGGACCGUGUCUUCAGGGAGCGUCUGCUGGCGAAGCUUUACGCGGACUACAACGAUGCCGCGGCCAGGGGAGCUGUUCAGGUCGCUCGCGGCGAGGUUGCGCCUCUGAACCCGACCGAGGCACGGGAUGCUCAGAUUUACGUGUACAACAACGUCUUCUUCUCCUUUGGCGCGGACGGAGUCGGCACUUUCACCUCCGAGGGCGGUGACGAGGCCGCUCGUGUCGCAACGGGCAAGGAUGUGGCCGGUGUCAAGGUCGUGAACCAGCUGGACAUUGAGGGGCUCUACACCCCCGGAACUGUGGUCGUGGAUUACCUCGGCAAGCGGAUAGUCGGGCAGAGCAUCGUUCCUGGUAUCUUUAAGCAAAGGGAGCCUGGUGAGAACCAGAUCGACUACGGUGCGGUCGAUGGCAAGGACGUUGUGGCCGCGAACGACAAGUUUACUUCUGUCUUCGAGAAGCUCUCUCAGGCCAUGAAGGUCAAGAAGCACGCUGUCUGGGACAAGGAUGGCAAGCGAUUUGACCUCGAGGCCAGCGUUGAAACAAAGGGUCUGCUGGGAACUGACGGCCGGAAAUACGUGCUGGACUUGUACCGUAUCACACCACUGGAUAUCGCGUGGCUGGAGGAGACUGCCGCCGAGGAGGAGACCAACCCAUACCCGCACCGUAUGACUGUCCUGCGAGGAGAGCUCGUCGAGCUUGUCCACAGGCACAAGAUGCGUGAGUGGGUGAACGCUGAGAUCCAGAAGCGCGCGGAUGCCAAGAAGGACGCCAAGGCAUCGGAGGAGUCCAAUGGGGAGAAGCCAGCCCUCGAGGGCGCCGAAGACAGGAAGGAUGAGAAGGCCGAGGACAAGAAGGACGAAAAGGCCGAGGACAAGGCAGUGGAAAAGGCCGAGAAGACGGACGACCAAGAUGACCGGAUCGACGUCAACAACUUCAAGUUUGCUCUCAACCCAGAUGUCUUCAGCGGCCAGGAGCCCCAGACCGACGCCGAGAAGGAAGAGCUGGCGUCCGAUGAGCAAGAUGUGCGGGCAGCUUGCACCUAUCUCCGGGAGUCGGCUAUCCCCGAGCUGCUCAACGACCUGAAGGAGUCGGAUAUCAGCUUCCCAAUGGACGGCACCUCGCUGCGAAACCUGCUCCACAAGCGUGGCAUCAACAUGCGGUACCUGGGCAAGAUUGCAUCCCUGAGCGAGGGAUCGCGCCUGCAGUGUCUGCGUGACGUCUGUGUCCGAGACAUGAUUGUGAGGUCUUUCAAGCACGUCGCUGCCAAGUACCUCAGGUAUCUGCCUCUGCCCCUUACCUCCGCCUGCAUUGCGCAUUUGCUCAACUGCUUCCUCGGCGUCGGGCUGAACGCCAAGCCGUCUGCCGAUGUCGACCAGUCUUUGCGGGCUCUCUACGGUGACGCAGACCUCUCGUUUGAGACUGUCACCCCAGAGAGCUUGAAGAAGGAUGUCGAGCUGGAGACGUCACAACGGUUCAGGUUCAAGCUGGACCCUGAGUGGCACGCCCAGCUGAGCCCAGUCCAGGUGCUGCGUGAGGUCUGCUUGAAGCUCGGUCUUCAGGUGCAGUCCAAGGAGUAUGCCUUCACACCCGCUUCAGUACCAGAGCCCGUCGCCGCUGAGACCCCAGCCCCAGCCCCAGCCCCAGCCGUGAACGGCAGCAGCGAGGGCAGCAAGAAGAAGAAGAACAAGAAGGCCCGCGAGGGCUCCCCGGCCUCUAUCGCCUCCUCAACGACGGUGCCCCACACAUUCACCGCCGACGAUAUCGUCAACGUCGUGCCUAUUGUCAAGGACUCCUCCCCACGCAGCUCUCUGGCCGAGGAAGCUCUCGAGGCCGGAAGGAUCUCCAUAGCGCAGAACCAGAAGAAGCUGGGCCAAGAGCUCCUGUUGGAGUCACUGUCCCUGCAUGAGCAGAUCCACGGCAUCCUACACCCAGAGGUGGCACGCGUCUACCACCAACUCUCCAUGCUCUACUUCCAGCUGGACGAGAAGGAGGCCGCCGUGGAACUUGCCCGCAAGGCCAUCAUGGUCGCAGAGAGGACCGUCGGUAUCGACGCGCAGGAGACCCUCCUCGACUACCUCAACCUGAGCUUGUUCCUGCACCAGCUCGGCGACAGCCGCAGCGCCCUCGAGUACGCCAAGCACGCGCUCCAGCUGUGGAAGAUCAUCUACGGGCCGGACCACCCCGACACCAUCACCACCAUCAACAACGCGGCCGUGAUGCUGCAGCACCUCAAGGCGUACCACGAGUCGCGCCGGUGGUUCGAGGAGUCGCUGCGCAUCUGCGACAAGGUCUUUGGCAAGCAGUCCAUCAACAGCGCCACGCUGCUCUUCCAGCUGGCCCAGGCCCUGGCGCUGGACCAGGACUCCAAGGGCGCCGUCAACCGCAUGCGCGAGAGCUACAACAUCUUCCUGCAGGAGCUCGGCCCCGAGGACAAGAACACCAAGGAGGCCGAGAGCUGGCUCGAGCAGCUGACGCAGAACGCCGUGUCCAUCGCCAAGCACGAGAAGGACGUCCAGGCCCGCCGCCUGCGCGCCGGCAUCCGCUUCACCCCGCGCAACCUGGCCUCGGGCGUCCGCUCGGGCGUCGCCGGCGGCGCCGCCUCCCAGGCCGCCGGCGUGGCCAGCCACGAGGUCCAGGGCAAGCCCUCCCUGGACGCCCGCAACAUCGACGAGCUCAUCAAGUUCAUCGAGGGCGGCGCCGACAAGAAGUCCAAGUCCGGCGGCGGCGGCAAGAAGACCGCCGGCCGCAGCAGCAAGAACCCCAAGAGCCGCCGCGGCGGGUCCCAGGUCCCCACCAAGGCUUAGGCGGCCCAAGGGGGUGACGGUCUCCGCAGUCCGCUGAUGGGGAGGGGCUGACAGAGCACACCCGCCACUGCGGCUGUGUUGGUGCGACUCAGCAUUGUCCCGAACGGGGGGAUGAAUAGCUGUGGCGCCAGUCCAAGGGAUCAUCGGAGGGCUCGAGGAGGAGGUGGUGGUAAAGGACAAGAAAAUAUCAACACCAGAUCUAAAAAAAGGGGGCAAGGAGCGAUUGGCGCGUAUUUCUGUCGGCAUGGUGCUUCCAUUUCCUGUUGUUGUUUUUUUUUCACCUUGAGUGAGUAUUCAUUACAUGGGGCGGCGUUUUCUCUACUCAUGCCUUACCUCGUCCGCAUACUUGGGCACUGUCGAAUGUAUCAAAAAUAUGUGUACAAAACUGAACAACAGCGAUGGAGAAAAGAACAAGGCGGCGAGGAGAAGGUCCUCCUCGUUAGCCCCGGCACGGAGGAGGGCGGUUGGUUGGAGUACCUGUCUCCGUCAAUGUAUUGGAUAGUGCACAAAAAGCUCUACACAUAGCAAGCAGUAGACCAAAGCCGGCGCAUGGAGGCAAGUGUGAGAAUAGACAUCUUCACUCUA